GGUAUACAAAACUCCGCUUACAUCAUCCGGAGCUUUGCUCGACGCUGCUAUAAAAGCCGGAGGGUGGGUAAGGAACUUUAUCAUUCGCGCCGAGUUCUUCGCAGCACCGCGUGUCCCUCAAAGUUUUUUACGUCGCAGUACUUUCCUUCCGUUCGUUUUUUUUUUGCACUUUCUUUUGACGAGAUGGCGAAAACUCACACGAUCGAUUACAACCACUUCAUCAACACCCACAGCUCGAGACGAAGGCCCGCACUCACCAGGGAGCUGACUAAACUUCAAUACGGAGCAGGCAAGGAGUCGAUCUCCCUAGCGGAAGGUAUGCCGAACGAGGUCACCUUCCCAUUCCAGGCGAUCAAUUUCGUCCUGAAGGACGGCCUGUCGAUCACUCUCCAAGGUCAGCAGUUAAACUCGGCGUUCCAGUAUAUUCCCACUCAAGGUUACCCGCCGCUGCUUAAAAAAUUGAGAGAUUUCACGUACCAGAUGCAUAUGCCUCCGAACUGGCACAACACGGACAUUAUCAUGACCAACGGGUCGCAAGACGGUAUUAGCAAGACGCUCGAGAUGCUCAUCGAAGAUGGUGAUGAUGUUCUGGUGCAGAAUCCGUUAUACGCAGGCACCGAAGUCAUCCUGAAACCGUUCAAGGUCAACCUAAUCGGCAUCGAGCAGGACGAAUUCGGCAUUCUGCCGAGCAAACUGAUCGACGCCCUUGAAAACUGCAAAGCCUACACGGAAGAAGGCGGAGGGAGGAAGAUGCCAAAAUGCAUCUACCUCAACCCGACAGGUUCGAACCCGACGGGUGCCACAAUGUCUCUCGAGAGACGUAAGGAGGUUUACGAUAUUUGCUGCAAGUACAACAUCCUUAUCCUCGAGGACGACGCUUAUUACUUCCUGCAUUUCCUCGAAGAAAGACCUGUGUCGUUUUUGUCGUUGGACGUUGAAGGAAGAGUAAUAAGGUUCGACUCCAUGUCGAAAGUAUUAUCGUCGGGGUUGAGACUCGCGUGGCUGACCGCCCCCAAGCCUUUGGUGAGGAACGUGGAGCUUCACAUGCAGAGCUCGUUACUGCACUCUAGCACAUUGUCGCAGGUGAUCCUCGACAACCUGCUUACCAAGUGGGGUUACCAAGGGCUCAUUUCCCACGGUGCUUACGUCUCCGCAUACUACAAGGCUCGUCGCGACUUUACCGUCGCGUGUAUGGAGAAGCACCUGAAGGGUCUUUGCGAAUGGACCAUCCCCAGUGGCGGUAUGUUCGUUUGGAUUAAAGUCCACGGCGUCGCAGACGUCUACGACAUGCUGAUGACUCGCGGUCUCAAAAAGAACAUCACGUUGGUGCCCGGACACGCGUUCAUGGUUGAUCCCACCGAAGCCUGCAACUGCAUCAGGGCGUCCUACAGUAAGGCAACCCUCAAACAGAUAGACAAGGCGAUGCAACUGUUGGGCGAACUGAUAAGGGAAGAGCACGUGUUGUUGCGAAGGAAGCUCGACGGUUUGGAGAAUUCGAUACUUAGAUAGUUGUGAUGUACGGGUCGGAGAAUAUAAAUAUUGAAGGGGGGCGUAUAUGGGGAUUUUCUUGGGCCCCGCCCUCCGAUAUAACCCGAGCGCGCGCAAGCGCGUUUCUUAUUACCAGGGUGUGUUAGAGCCUGGCGUCUUGGUGGCUGCCUAUGGAGUCGGGUGGAGGAAAUCUGGGGGGUUCUCGCGACAUUCGUGACUUAGAAGUAUACGUAAUUUAAUUAAUUUGACUUGUAAAUAAAACGAUGA